GACUACUCCCUUAUCCUUCCACUCUUUGAAUAUACUUCAUUCUUUUUUUUUUUAGCUUCACUCUUUUUUUUUUUCUUCAAAAACUUGAGGCUUUGUUGCAAUCAGUACGUUUGUGUAUUUUCUCUAAUCUCAUACAUGUGCCAUCUACUAGUGUGGCACUUGAUUUAGAUACUUUAAUUUUAGAAAAAAAAAGCUCAAUACUUUCAACGCUCUUUUUUUUUGACAUAUAACUCAUUGCUACCGUUCAAUCUAUAUACUAUAACUAAUAUAACCAUGGCACAGUCUAAACACAGAAUAACUUACUUCAACCCAACAUCUUCCAAUGAUAAUGUUAUCAAAUCUGUUUCUGAAAAUUUCUUGGAAUUACCAGUACUUGAAGGUUAUCCAAGAGAAGAUAAGAUCCUGAUUCCAAGUAACACUGUGCUUCCUCGUUCAAUCAAAUUGCUCCGGUUCCAAUGGCUGGAUGGCUCUUCAAAUGUAUCUCCAAUUUUCCGUGAACCAUCAACUCAGCAAUUAGGUUUCCAUAUCCAUGCAGCUCCACAAAAAGACGCUCAUAUUGAAAACUUUUGGCCAGAUUUAUGUUUAUUAUUGACCAAAAUCCUCGGUGAAAGAAUUUCUCCUGAUCAAUUUGUUAUCACUACCAAUUCGGUAUACAUUUCUAGACCUGCUACUGAAAUCCCUGCCAAGUUAAUUGAAAAUGUCAAGACUCAUUGGUUACAAAAUGAUAAGGCUGCUGAUGUGUCAAGUUUGAAUACCUUAUCAGCCCUUGGUAGUAACAUUGAUAUUAUCAUGAAACCUGAUGGAGUUGUAUUCUCUUCUGUAAUCCCAGAUUCGUCAUCUAUAAAUGAACUUCAAGAAACAGAAUCAACUGUGUUUAAGUCAAUCAAUGAAGAAUCUUCUACAAAGCAAGAAAUUGGUAUUUUCUUGUUAGAUGAGGGCAUUUCUCUGGAAGAUGACCUUACGUUAUCUGGAGUCAGAUUUAUAAUUGAUCCUCUUGAUUCUACCUCCGACGACAAACUCCAUAAAACUUUAUUUCAUGUUAAACCAAGACAUAGACACUUUACCUCAGCUUCGUACUCUGUGGCACUUGAAGACCCUGUGGGUUUACAUCCUACUUUGCAAAUUCGUUUCAAUGAUACAUUACAAUCCCCUCAACUUGGAGAUGGUCUUGAUAUUGAAGAAUGUAAAUUGUUUUAUUAUCAAUCUUUGCAAAAAUCUUUCUUUGUUGACAAGUAUCAAUUACCUAAAAAUGUUUCAUUAAUUACAUUAUUUGGAAACUCGGAUUUAGAAGCACCUGCCUAUAAAAUCAAUAGUUGGGGUGUUGAAGCAUUACUUGAACUUGAAUCUGAAAGUGAUUUGGAUUUUACUUUGCAUUCCCGUUAUCAAUUACCAGCAAAGGCUGGUGAAAAUGAUACUAUCACCCAGACCAUCAAUACUCCAUCAAUCUUCUACGCUUGCACUGUCCCCAAGGACAGCGAAGCUCUUCUGGCUUCUCCAUUUGACUAUACUUCAGCACUUGCUUACAAUACUGGUAGUUUUCAAUCAUAUUUCACUGAUGAUACUGUAUUCUAUCACAUUGACCAUUCCCCAAAGACAUUAGAUAUUAACAUCCCAAGAGGAACUGGUAACCCAAGUGAGAUCAACUAUUGGACUUGGCUUAUUUUAGGUGUAGGUAUUUCGUGGUUAUUAUACAAGAGUGUAUCUUUGUUGUGGAAACCGUCCCCUAAGCCAAUCUCGCCAACUAAAAAGACCGAAUAAUAAAAUUAGAAUGAUUUAAUAUAUAUAUAUACAUAUAUAUUUAUCUAGACCAUUUU